UCUACCCUCGAAACAGCUGUGAUUUUAAAGUAUUUUCAUGUUAAAUAACGGCAGGUCUGUCAUAAGUUUGCUCUAAAUGGGCGCUUUAACCAAAUGUCAUACCAGAAGUGUCUGUCCCUGCCGGGACACCGUCCUUCCUGGUGUGGGUGUGGACACAGAUGACUACACAAAUAAUGGAGGAGAAUCUUCACAAGUCUGUCUCUUGAAUUUAGCUUUACAUUUAAGUAGUUUGCCCUCCUUUUUUGCUUUUUGGUUGAGACUUUUAGCUGGCAUGCUGUGCCAGGAUGGGAAAUCUCUUUGGAAAAAAGAAACAAACCCGAGUGACAGAACAAGACAAAGCGAUUUUGCAACUCAAACAGCAAAGAGAUAAGCUCAGGCAGUAUCAAAAGAAGAUCAAUGUGCAGCUGGAGAAGGAGAGGCUUCUGGCCAAACAGCUGCUGAAGGAUGGCAAAAAAGAGAAAGCUCUUCUCUUACUGAAGAAGAAACGCUAUCAAGAUCAACUCUUGGACAAGACAGAGAACCAGAUAAGCAACCUGGAGCGCAUGGUUCAAGACCUGGAAUUCGCCCAGAUCGAAAGGAAAGUCAUCGAUGGAUUGAAAGUUGGAAAUGAAUGCCUGAAGAAAAUGCAUGAGGUGAUGUCUAUUGAAGAAGUAGAACGGAUUAUGGAUGAAACUCAAGAUGCCAUUGAGUACCAAAGGCAAAUUGACGACAUGCUGGCCGGCUCCUUAUCUCAGGAGGAUGAAGAUGCUGUGCUGGCUGAACUGGAGGCAAUAACUCAGGGAGAUGUCGAGCUUCCUGAGGUCCCUUCAGACAAACUGCCAGAUGUUCCAGAGGCCGCGGAGGAGCAACCAGAGCGGGAGCGUCCCAAGAAGAAACCGCAGCGAGAGGCGCUCGCUUUGUAGGAGCACGACUGAGGAUCUUCAGCCGACAGCAGCUGGUUGCUCAAAGACCCAAAGACAGCAGCCAGUCUCAGAUAACCGGGCCUCCUCCACCCCAUCCAGCGGCUGUUUCUCCUCAUGGGCUGCAGGUUCACACGUGAAGCGAGUCAGGACCGGUUCACCGCAGUCACAAAUGCUGAUUGAACCAUGAAGACCUGUGAGAUCAGAUUAUCGUGCCUAACCUUUGUUUGAUUAGUUCUCUGUGUUUACCAUCAGUCAUUUGACAUACAGUGACCUAAAGCCAUGUGUGUAUGUCAUUUUAAUUCCUCCCUCAAAAUAUCUUCGCCUGAUGGGUAAUGUUUUUAAAGAGCCAGUUCACCCAAAUUACAGAAACACACAUUUAGCUCUGUGCAUCCAGGUCUGUGCUGCCAUGCUUUCUCAGAUUGUGGUGAUUUUUUUUAUUUUUUAGUUUUUAGUUUUUUUGCUUUACAGCUGCAGUAAGUCCAGCUGAGAUUAAAUUGCUUUUUUCCUGCUGUAGAAUACAUAUAUCUGUUCUGUCGUUUGUCCUGUGAGGGAGGGGUAAAAAUGCAGAAGAGACAUUAUGAUGGUGCUGUGCUCUGGCGAUCUGAUCCACCUUCCUGUCAUCUUGUUUGCCCUCUGUGUGCUCACCAGUAACUGAUACCUGUACAGCAAGUUGGAGUAAAUGGAGUUAGCCCUAUCUACCCUUAUUGUAGACUUUGUGACCUAAACACAUAGAACAAAAUGAUGGAGGAGUUAAUUUCCAACUUUCACCAUGAACAGAGCCUCCUUCACAUAUGGCGAUAAAUUGUUCACCCUAACAUUUGCCUGGCUCUUUACUUUCUUUGAUAUAUGUCGUUCUACUAAUGCACUCAGCCUGUUUUUAUCUGUGUAAAAUCUCCCACUCAGCCUCCCUGCAACAAACGCACACAUCUGGUGAAACAAAAACCUGAGGAGCGCAAAACAAGCAUCUCCGCAAACAUAGUAACAUAGAUGAUGGAUCGGUGAUCGGUGAAUGUAAUAACAGAGAAACAAGCCUGGGAACCAUCAUUGGUCUCUGACAAGUUCACAUAGAGACAUUUUUCUUCCAUGUAUUAACUUAUUUGUGAUUGCAAAAAGGGAUGAUUAGAUCUCAUUUCUGCUAGUUUUUAAAAAUCUUUGCUUAUAAAACAUUUGCAUUUAGCAACAGGAUGGAGGGGUACGUUGUUUUUCUUGUGAUUUGAGUGAACUGAUCCUUUAAAGCAGGUAUAACAGAAACAUAACAUUUUCUCUGUAAAGUCUUUGGUGUCUUUCUCUUACCGUAAAGGCCUUCUCUUCAUCUGGCUUUGCUUUCUGAGUUACUCAACCCACCCUAAAGUACCCCCCAAAAAACAAAACAAAAAAAACUAUUUGCAUCAGAUUCGCAGAAUAUUCUCUCAGUCUGACCCCUUUUCAAGCAGCUUAACUAAUCUAAUUCCUUGCUCCCCUUGUGGAUUAGUUCAGUGUCAUUGGAGAAAGGGCUAAUCAUAUCGUCUGUGGGCUUACCCCUGACGCCCAGACAACAGCUGGUAAUCUCUUCAAGGUAAUAACUUGACAGAACCUGGGGCUUUACCCAUCAAGUAUGAUCAAAACUAAUUAUUUCAGUGUUUGCGUAUGAUGCUUUAGAUUUUCUUACAUAUUCAUGUUAAAGUGGUGCAAGAAGGGUGGCCUAGAUCCAGAAGGCUUAAAGCUUGUGCAUCUUUGAAGAUCCAGCUAACUAAUCUGUAAAUCAGUUAAUCUCACAGACAGAAACACUGAUGACUAAUACUGACAGUCUGCGAUUCGCCAGUCCUGCUGCAAACUACUUGUCUUAAAAUGGCCUCAGAUAUUGUACCUCUAUAUAUUCUUUUUACAAUAAAAGUGUUUUUUUAUUGCCGUUCGUUAUCUCACUGCCUGUAAAUCACUGUUCCGAUUGUUAUUCAGUGAGUGAACACAAGGUGGCAGCAGAUGACUCAGUUUUGAAGCUGCUGGUCUCCAGUUUUCUCUCUCCUCACUUCACAACUGACCAAGGCAGGUGGUCUCUAUGUGUUGGAAUAAAUGGGAGUCCUUCUCUCCACUAUCUCCAAA